AUGCCAUCAUGGCAUUGUAGUAUCGAGGACUGUCACAAUCCCUCAGUACGGGUGACUGGUGAUUGUACCAUCUGCAAUCGACAUCUCUGCUACGAGCACCUCAAACCAACCUUCCAUAAGUGCCCAACCCUUGACGAUGAGGAAGACUACUAUCCAGCUUAUGCCAAUGCAGAACAAGAAGAAAUCGAGACAUUAGGCCAGAAGAUCAAUUACGCCGCACUGGAAACCCAUGCCAUGGCUCUUCGUCCAGGCAUACUUUGUCACGCUAGUCCUCUCCGCUUCGAUAGACAGACCAAACAUGAAGUAAUGGGUGGUAUAAACAUUCAUGUAAACGUCGAGUUCCAAGAUGGAGUUACAUGGCUCGCUCGCAUCAGACGUUCAAAUGCCACUUCACCGCCACCUGUUGUUCGCGACUACAUCAUCCUCAGUGAAAUCGCAACCCUCCAAUUCUUGGAAAUUGUCAAUGUGCCCACUCCCAGAUUACUGGGGUACGCCUUGGAAACAGACGAAGGCAAUAAUGUGGGCGUCGGAUACAUGCUCAUCGAAAAGCUUCCUGGAAAACCUCUCGACUGGGCACGAGCAACCGAAGACCAAAAGCACCGUAUCAUUGAUCAACUAGCCGAUCAUGCGAUCGAGCUAUCCAAACACCCACUGGACAAGAUCGGCUCUUUCAACCGACCAGGAGAUGAGCAUAUUGGCCCCAUUGCCAGAGAAGAAUUCAGUGACGUUACUGACGGCGCAAUACACGCUCUUGGUCCCUUUACCAGUAUGCAAGAAUACUACAUCGGCUACCUCCACAAUAUCCUCGACCAAAUUCUGACGCAUCAACUUUACACCCAUCACCCUCUGGACGCAUAUCUCAUCCAUCGGUUUCUUCUCGACUUGACAGAGCGAGUUUGGCCGGUGGAAGAGGAAAACGAAAAAAUGUAUCUCAACCAUGCGGAUGACAAGGGAGACCAUGUACUCGUAGAUGAUAACUACACCAUCACGGGUAUUAUAGAUUGGGAAUGGGCGUUUUCCGCCCCUUGCGCUCUCUCCUUCAAUUCCCCCCUCGUCCUCCUCGACCUCGGAGGAUUCUACGCAGGUGACCCUGCUAUUUCUUUGGCGGAAUCUUAUUUUGCAGACGCACUGGAGAGGAAAGGCGGAAUAGAGUUGGCGGAAAGUGUUAGAGGUGGGAGGAAGAGACGGUUCUUUGAGUUUUGUUGUGGGUAUGAUAUGUACACUGAUUGGGAAGGGUUUAAAGGGUUAUUUGAGGGGUUGAGGAGGUGUGUGGGUGGUUAUGGUGAGUUGGAGUGGGAAGACUGGAGAGAGAUUGCUUUGGAGAGGUAUAAAGAGGAUGAAGGGGUUUUGCAAUUGAUGGUUUGAGUGAUGUGGAAGUGCAAGAGCUGGCGAGCGUUGGGAAUCAUAAGGCU